GCCCGACGGGAUUUCCAGCGUGUGGGACUUGGCGGGAGCUGUCUGAGGAGAGCGGGUUCUGACUGGAGCACGAGGCUUGCUUCACGCACAGAGCAUCCCCGAGUGCGCGGGCAGCAGGACAGUCCUGAGGCGAGGACAGAAGUAGAGAGACUGAGGCCUGGUUCCUGAAACACAGUCAAGAAGAAAAUAUGAAUGAGUCCAGACUGCAGUCCCUGUUCUUCAUCAUUCUUCCAGAUUUACACAAACUCUGCUCUGUCCAGAUAAUACUGAGUAGCAGGGUGGCAGAAAUAGACAUUAGGAGUGCUCAGCUAAAGAUGUGCAGGCAGUUGCUACUUUUGCAUGAAGAUAUUCUCACAGCACCUGUGUCUGGAAUAUUAAACCAAAUUUCAGUAGUAAUGUCGAUACCAUUUUUUAAAUCUGGGAGACUUAGUGCCUAUAUUGAAAAAUACGGAGCUAAGAUGGAGGCUCCACAAAGAGUAACUCCUGCAAUUCUUCAAAACUGCCUUUCGUACUCACUCAUGGCUAGACUCGCUCCCGCCUGGAAUAGGACAGGUCAUCUCUUGGUACAAGGAACAGAUUUUCUUUCUAAUGCGGGAAAACAAAGUGCAGUUGUAUUAGACAUCAACGUAACAGAAACACAAGUUUGUCUGAGUAUAGAAGUGUAUACAAUCAGAUUGCCACCAACUGAGCUACAGGAGUUUGAUAUUUCUCAGCGUAUUAUAGAGGAUUUUCAUACCAACCAGAAUGCUGUCAUUGAGAGACAUUCCAUUUUAAGCAACUGGUGCUACAUUUUGCCCAGUAUGAAAAUGGGGCAGAUAAUAAAUAUUCUUCAUACUGCACCCCCUGACUGUCCCCUUCAUUCCUUCGAAGAUUUCCAGAGGCACUGGGAUGACCUGUAUGGCUAUAAACUUCCAGAAGACCGUAGAGAUAUGAAAAUAUACUGCAGCAUCUACUUCAAAAUGAUUAACAAAAGGACCUUCACGUACCCUCUCAGCUGCAUCAGAAGUCAGCCCAUUCAGUUCUUCCCAAGAGUGGAUUUGGAUGGUGUUUUGAAAAGCUUCCUUUCAGAUUUAAAAUCAAAACUGCCACAUUUAUGUGGAUUUCCCAUAAAGAUGACAAAUAAGCCAUGCUAUUACACCCAGGAGCUAACCAGACCACUUCUGCAGGAAAACAAAGUCAAACCAUCCAAUCUGACCACUAAAAAACUCUUCCGAGCUUCUCUAACUCAAGCCACAUUGGUGAAACCCACCAGAGCUCUAAAUGUCACGCCACAGUCAACAGCCACGGAGCACAAGGUGGAGCCUGCUGUCAGCCAGCAGAGGUCGGGCUUGUUCUCAGCUGCUUGCCACCAGUCUGGGUCUUUCCACGACCGAAAGCCUUCCUGGCCUCUCGAGGCAUCACAGCUUCAUUUGGAAGAGUCCCAACUCAGCAGAGAAAAUACACAAGUUGGGAGCAAAACUCUUUGCAUACAAAGUAACAGAGCCCCUGCAUUCAUACCAGUUUUCAAAAGGAAAUCUGAGCAAGUGAACAAAAACAUCUCGGCACUUAGCACCUUGAAAAGAAAACAGAGCGGGGUUACAGAACCUACAGUAUUAGCACAGGAAACCAGUGUUACUCAGGGGGGCAAACCCACAGCCUCUCGGAAAAGACCAAAUAGCAACAUUCGAGUACUUGCUGGGAACUUAAAUCAGAAGGGCUCCAAACCUCUGCAAGAAAAAGGCACCGAGUUCUAUGAUCGGAAGAAGGAACAGCCCUCUUCUGAUUCGAGACAGACUGUGUACCUUAGAGAAGCUAGACCAUUGUCUACUCGCGCCGUGACACAGGCGUCAAGUAACAGUUCAGCAGUGAUGAAAAACGAUGUUGACAUCCACACUGGUGGAAAAGACAAUCUCACAAGCAGAUUCAUCACACAAAUUUUGGGGAAAAGCCACGAGUCUCUAAAACUCAAAAGCCAGCCACACAUUUUUGAAUCAGAAUUAGAAACUGAAGACUCCCAACUCCAACAGCAACAAUUAGCGAAUCAGGUUCCAGAAGCCGAUGCCGCUGAGCACAGCCCAAUAGAAAGCAAAGCAGCCCACAGCCUCAGACAGGAAUUGUGUCUGCAGGCUUCAAGGGCUUCUACGAAGCGUCGUUCCAGUGCGGCACACCAGAGGCAAUCUAGUUCUAAGAAGCAGGUUUCCAAGACAACAAAACCCAGGACUUCCCUCAACAUUCCUGAAGCAGUGUGAACGGAGACUGUCCACCAGGCGACUGCAGUGACGUGAGUGCAUUUAUUUUCCUUAAAUUACUUAUGUAGAGAUUUAAGCUAAGCUGAAAUUAGCAAGGAAAUAGGAACAGCACGUCCUGUGUACAAGCAACUAUUUUACAUUAUGUAUUCCCAAAGAGGAAUGGCAUUGAGAAAGGACACACACACACACACACACAUAGAGGCUCUCUUCUCUUUAGUUCUGGGGUCUCACAGACUCGGAAUCUAGCACCAGUACUGCAGCCACAGCAGCAGUGUGACUAUGGAAGGAACAUGAUCCCACUAACAUGUCUCUAUGCUUGAGCAUGACCUGAAUAAAGACCUUAAGUGGAGCCCAGAGAUGAUCGAGUUAAAGUCUACUCUCAAAAUGCCACAGUGCCAGCUACACUUACGCUUCAGACUUAAUUCUCACGUUGGGUCCCUGGCACUGAGUUCACAAAAUUAUACAUCUGGAAAUAACAUUUUAUUCCUUGUUGCCAUCUGUUCUAUUCUAAGAACAAACACAUUGCUAAAACAUCCACAAGUAUUCUUCACAUAAAACUAUUGGCAUACAUUCAGAUUCUUUAAGAGCCAACUAGAAAAACAUUUUUUUUUCUUUUUCAAAUGCUAUUUCUUCCUAUAGAUAGUAGAAUUUUCAACAUGCUUUGAAUUAGCUAAAAGGUACAUAAUUCUAUUCCUACUUAUGUUAUGGUGUGGUAUUUUAUGUAGUUUUAAACAUCUUCAUUCUAAUGUUCUCGUGUGGUGAAGAAAAAUAGUGUAUGUGCCUUAGAAAUGGCAAUUUGUAUUUUUAGAAAUAAUCUACUCUAGGUUCCAUGUUGUCUUAGAAGUACAUUACUUUCUUAUUUUGGAUUACUUAAUGUCUGACACAAAAUUAACAAACCAUUCUAUUAGGAAGAGUAACAUAAUGAGAAAAUCGUAGUUUCUAUAGUGAUCUGUGGGCAGUACUAUCACCCAGUUAUCAGCUAGAUACCUCUGUAAAAGCUUUUGAGUAAUGUGGAGUAGUUAAGUAAACAAAUAUUAAAACUUGGGGACUGGAGAGGUGGCUCAGCAAGUAAGAGCACUGGCUACUCUUCCAGCAGACACAGGUUCAGUUCUCAGGGCCAAUAUUGUGGUUCACAAGUGUAUAUGACUCCAGUUCCAGGGGAUCUAAUGCCAUCUUCUGGACUCUGUAGACAUCAUGCUUACACAUGGUACACAGUCAUACAUGCAGGCAAACCAGCCAUACAUAUAAAAUAAAAUAAUAAGUUUCUAAAAGAGUAAAACUCAUCUCCAACUGCUCUUUGUAGGGAUAACUAGGAACACUGAUGAAGUUUCUCCAGACAUUGUCUGUGGCCAAGAAGACAACCGUGUGUACUGUUCUGGGGCCUCUUGUUUUACUGAACAAUUCUCCUUUUAAUUUUUGCAUAGUAUUUCAUUGGAUGUGGAUAUACCAUGUUUAACUCGCUCCCUAUUGGUUGAUGAGAUAAGUCAUUUACAACCUUUCAGUAUUAUAAGUCAUGUGAAUUGUUCUCUACAGAAUGUUGUAAGUUACCGAAUUUGUGCUAUGUGAUACUUUGUUUUUAAAGAAAGACUUUAAUUCUGUAGCCCCAGCUAACCUGAAACUUGCUAUGUAGACCAGGUUGGCCUCAAACUCAUAGAGAUCCACCUGCCUCUACUUCCCAAGUUCUGGCACCAAAGGCAUGAGCCACCUUACUCAAUGUAGCACUUUUGAUGGUUGAAACUAUCUUUAUUUUGCCCUUACUAUUUUAUUACUGCAGUUUGUUCAAAGUGAUUCUGGUUUUUUGCCAGAGUUUGGGGCUUCCCAGAUACAGUACUAUAAACACAAUAGACAGUAGUGUGAAGAAGCUGGGUGCCUGUCACAGGUCGCCUGGGGAUUAACAUCUGGGCACUGUCACCUCUGUUCUGCCAGGUGCUUCUACUGACACAUUUUAAAGCAAAUUCAAGGAAUUGUAUGAUCUCGUAAAUGGACGCUUCAUAAUGUAGCUCUAACAUAAGGUAUAAUGGAUGUUUUAAAGAAAAGAAUAUGUGUGAGCAUAUACUUACACUGUGAGCAUAUACUUACGCUAUGCAUUCUGAGAUUGCCCUCUAUGUUUGUCUCCAAAGCAAGCAUAUCGCUUGUAGUUAUACAAGAAAGGAGAUUCUGCUUUAUGGUCACUGUGUUUCUUCACAAUCUUGGGCAAAUUGUUUUACUGUUUAUUUAAGGGGAUAUUGUCACCAAAUUUCACUUUUGUCUUUAUAUAUGACUAUCAGAAAGCCCCCAGAGGCAUGAGAUAAAUUUCACUACAGAAUUAGAGCCCUAACUGCAGUGGAGAGUCCUAUGCCCAACAGGUCUCAUUAGUCCUGCUAGUGGGCCAUUCUCUGUGUCCUCUCCUGAAAUGGAUGGACUUGCCCUGAAGGUGAGCCAAGUCUCCAGCAACUUCAGGCUAAGGGUUAUAUAUGUGAUGGAGUAAGUGUCCAGAAUCACCUGUGUGUCCCCCACAAACAGUUGUCCAACAUAUAAAGGAACGAAAAAGAAGGCACAAAGAGUGCUCUUCAGAUGAGAGUUUUCCUCACUUCCAAACAUUUUAGGCUUUAAUUAGAUUUGAUAACAUAUGAUCAGCAUAUAUUUUAAAAGUAAAAACUCUUUAUUGAAAAUCCUACUACAAAAAUCCAUAUAUA